AUGGCCUGCAUGAUGGGAUUUUUUUUUUCGCGGGCAUGCCGAUUGGGCUGCUUAUAUCUAUCUAUCUAUCUAUCUAUCUAUCUGAGGCUGCUUAUAUCUAUCUAUCUAUCUAUCUAUCUAUCUAUCUAUCUAUCUGAGGCUGCUUAUAUCUAUCUAUCUAUCUAUCUAUCUAUCUAUCUGAGGCUGCUUAUAUCUAUCUAUCUCUCUAUCUAUCUAUCUGAGGCUGCUUAUAUCUAUCUAUCUAUCUAUCUAUCUAUCUAUCUAUCUGAGGCUGCUUAUAUCUAUCUAUCUAUACACACACACACGCACACACAGACACACACAUAUAAUCUACACGGCCUCAGAUUUGUUCGCAUGCACACCAUCGGAUCAUUAGCGAUCGAUGGAACAUCAAUUUCUUACCGGAAGCGGAAAUGUGUUGUUAACGGCACCCUGCUCAAAUCCUUAUCGGACACGUUCGGCUUGUGUUUCAUCCCAUGUCCCCAAGCCCGUUCUUCCCUGAAACUCACUUCAAUAGAUUCCAUGCGUUUCCAGUGGUGUUUCCGGAGUGACCUUUUCCUUACCCUUCUUUCCGUGCUUAACGAUUACUUGUACGCUAAACGAAAAUGUUGUUCUCUCCACCUGUUCAAGAAAAGUUCAUUCGGAUUUAUUGCGAGUGGAAGAUGUUUUAUGAUAUCCGAUUUCCUUAUUCUUAAUCAAUAG